AUGUCGUCGGGUCUCCAAGCCGGCGCUUCCUCCGAGGCCACCUUCAAGGGUUUCCUCUCCCGGCAGCGCACGGCGCCCAAGCCCUUGCCCGCCGGCCUCCGCCUCGCGGGCCAGACCGCCGUCGUCACGGGGAGCAAUGUGGGCAUCGGCCUCGCGGCGUCCCGUCAGCUGCUGGACCUCGGCCUCUCCCACCUGGUCAUGGGCGUCCGCUCCCAGGCCAAGGGCGACGCCGCCGCCGCCCAGCUGCGCAAGGACUUCCCCGGCGCCCAGGUCUCCGUCUGGAUCCUCGACAUGGAGUCGUACGACUCCAUCCGCGCCUUCGUCGAGCGCUGCGCCUCCUCGCUGCCGCGCCUCGACAUCACCAUCCUCAACGCCGGCCUGAUGGCCGCCACCUACGGCGUCGCCAAGGCCACGGGGCACGAGCUCACCAUGCAGGUCGACUACCUCUCCACCGUCUACCUCACCCUGCUGCUCAUCCCCGUCCUCAAGUCCAAGAAGGUCGCCGGCGGCUCCUCCGCGCGGCCGCCGGUGCUCAGCAUCGUCGGAUCCGACAUGGCCUACACGGCAUCCCUGAAGACGACGGACCCCGUCCUGCCGCAGUUCGACGACGCCAAGACCUACGGCCAGAUCCCGUCCUACUCCAACGCGAAGCUGCUGCUCAUGUUCUUCGUCGCCAAGCUCGCCGAGCUCGUCGACCCCAGCGACGUCCUCAUCAACCUGUCCAACCCGGGCAUGACCAAGGGCACGGCCCUGGGCCACGACAGCCCGGCCCUCGUCCGCAAGAUCUUUGGCGUCGCCCAGUACUUCCUGGCACGCCCGGCCGAGGUUGGCGCCUCCGUCUACCUCGACGCGGCCCUGGCCAAGGGCGCCGAGAGCCACGGGAGCUUCGUCAGUGACUGGCAAAUCAAGCCGUUCCCGCCGAUCUGGUACACGGAAGAAGGCCGCAAGAUUGAGGCCAGACUGAUGGAGGAGACUAUGAAGGAGUUGAACCCCGUGGGCGCCUCGCUUCCCCAGAAGGCAUAG